CACUUCCGGUUCAGCAGUGCAGCAGCCUCCGGGUCAUUUCCUAUCACGCGUCUUAGCGGUCUAGGAAAGUUGCCAUGACUCGCUGGGCUCGGCCGGGGCAGAGUAAUGUCGCCGCUCGAAACCGCAAAGUGUGUGAGGCCACUCCAUGGGAAGAGUUACACAAGACCCCGGCCAAGAGGGGAGCCCCGCGGGCGGAGAGGGCGCCCCCUAAAAAGAAGAAGGCGGCGUAUGUGAAUGAAGACGUUAAUGGGUUCAAGGCUGAGCAGGACAGGAAGGAGCAGCGCGGCGAGGACAGGAGGCUGAAGAGGCAGCAGAGCAAGAGGAACAACAUGGUCUGCUUCCACUGUCGAAAGCCUGGUCAUGGCAUGGCUGACUGCUCCGAAGCCCUGAGAUGCCAGGAGUCGGGCACAGGAAUAUGUUUCCGUUGUGGAUCCACAGAGCAUGAAGUCAAUAAAUGCAGAGCCAAAGUGGAUCCAGCACUUGGAGAGUUUCCAUAUGCCAAAUGUUUUAUAUGUGGAGAGAUGGGACACUUGUCAAGGUCCUGUCCAGACAAUCCCAAAGGCCUAUAUGCAGAAGGUGGAGGCUGCAGGAUUUGUGGUUCUGUUGAGCAUUUUCAGAAGGAUUGUCCAGAACAUCAAACAUCCGCCCAAAUGACAGUCAGCAGAUGGUCCAGCGGUAUGAGUGCAGAUCACGAAGAUGUUCCAGUACAGAAAAAAGUGAAAAAAGUUCCAACUAAAGUGCCGAAAGUGGUCAAAUUCUGACAGUGUCUUCAUCUUGAGAAAUUACGGACAUGGACACAUCAGGUUUCCACCAAGACAUCCAAAUCAUGCUGACAUUGUAUGAUUGGAAAUCUAAUUCACCCUUUUUCCCCUAACGGAAGGGGUGGGAUUACAAGGCUGUGACUGAUAUCGGAUAGUGUGCACAGCUCCAGCAUAUGUAUAGUGCUAAUAAAUAAAUAACACUCCAACCGGUGUGCAGAACUCUGGGUGACUGGCUGCAUGCAUGUAGUGAGCAGUGCAGAUUUAUUCCCUGUCAAACCAUUCUUUUCCAUAAGGGGGUUGACCGAGUUAUGUAAAAAAAAAAAAUAAAGCACUGUAAAUCUGAUGGUCUGUAAUAUAUAAAUAAGCUAAGCAGGAUUUAGACAAAAA